GGCUCCGCCCAGAGCAAAUCAAAUCGCAUCGCAUCGAAUCGAGCCGCGCGGCACGCCCCCAAUCGAAAGGGAAAUAUGGGCAGAGUGCUGAGCUACGUCUUCAUAGUCAGCUCGCUGAUAUUGUGGUACCUGCUGCUCUUUGGCAGCUCGAGCGCGGGCGUCGAGGCCACCAACGGCCACGGAAUGCAGCUGGAGGGACGCGACUUUCAUCACCAUGGCGGCAGCCAUCACAUAAGACGCAACAUCAAUCACUGCUGGCGCCGCUACGAUGGCUACAACCUACAGAACACCAUUGUGAACAAGAAGGAGCAGCUGAAGAAACCAUAUGGCAUUCUGUGCAACUUCAAGUGCACCUGGUUCUUUACAAUCAGUUAUCCCACUUGCGAAUUCAUCUACGACUACAAGUUAUCCUGCGUUUUGUUCACUUCACUGCCCGACUGCACGAACGUCAAGUGCACGCUCUUAAACUAUUUCAGCUAGACAAAAGGCGAAUACCGUGUGCCGACCGGGUGUAUGCGCACUCACAGGCAGCUCUCUCUCUCUAUAUAUAUAGCUAAUUAUUGUA